CCUGCUGCCCUUUAAAAUCAAAGAAGGCUUCACCCAGGAUGUCAAAGUGGAGUGGAAACACAAAAACAAGAUGGUCCAUGAGUAUCAGAUUGGUAAAGACCAGUGUCACUUAAAGGGCCAAGAUCAGAAACAGCGCACUGAGAUGAAGAAAGACCCACUGAACACUAAAGACCUCAGUCUGACCCUGAAAGACCUCCACCUCACUGACAGUGGAGUCUACACCUGCACCGUCUACAACAAGGAUGGACACAUGCUGCUACGGAAAUCAGUGACUCUCAGUGUCAGAGUUCUCCAGGUGGAGAUGGUGGAGGUGAGCCAGGGGCAGACGACUGUCCUGAUACCAUUUAUAGUCACCGAUGACCUUUCUCAGGACGUCAAAGUGGAGUGGAAACUCACUUGUCCUGAAGAAAAGAUGAUCCACUUGUAUGAUAGUAGCAAAAAACAGCAUCUGUCACAAGAUCCAGUUUAUAGAGGCCACACGGAGAUGAAUGAAGACCCACUGAACACUAAAGACCUCAGUCUGAAACUGAAAGACCUCCACCUCACUGACAGUGAUGUCUACACCUGCACUGUCUACAAGAAGUAUGGAAACAUCCUGUUACAGAAAGUAGUGACACUCAAAGUCAAAGGUGAAAAUGCCAAAACUCAACACACAGAGAAAUCCACAGGUCAGUGAUGGAACUCCUUCUUCUUCCUCCCUCCUCCUCUCUGUUCCUCUUCUUCAUCUGUUGUUAAAGUUGGUGUGAAAUGUUCAGUGUGGAGGUGACUGACAUGAUGUGAAUGUUACAG